AUGAUGGCCCCUCCUCCCCCCUCGGUGGUGAUAGAUGCUCGUGCCAUAAGUGGGAUCACCGGCUCCAUAUCUAUUGCCUGUUGGAUCAUAGUGUUUGCUCCCCAAAUAUAUGAGAACUUCAUAAGAAAAAGCGCCCAGGGCUUGUCCAUGACCUUUGUCGUUCUUUGGUUGCUUGGUGACAUCUUCAAUGUUAUAGGUGCAGUAAUGCAAGGUGUACUACCAACCAUGAUUAUACUGGCUAUUUAUUAUACUCUUGCGGAUAUUGUGUUGCUUGCGCAAUGCCUCGUGUAUUCAAAAGGGUUAUCAGCCUUGAAAGCAUCACAGGGAGUUGACCCCAUUCAUCUUUCUCCAGCUACUCCUCUAAAUGAGCAUGAUAACCUCUUGGAAAGUGUCUUAAGCAGUGACCGUGAUUAUUUUGGCUCCAACGAUGAUAUGGACACUGACACCACGGGACUAGGCUCAGACGCUGAUUUAGAAAGCUUCUUAGAUACUGAUGGUAUCAGCGGAAACGUUAGCAAAAUGAGUUCCAUUUAUUACAAUACAUUAAUGGUAUUCUUGGUUGUACUUGCUGGUGUCCUUGGCUGGUGGAUAUCUGAUUCCAGAAACGAUGAUACCGGUGAUGACCCAGAGUUGGUCUUUGACACAGUUGCACAGAUUUUUGGAUGGUUGUGUGCUUUCUUAUACCUGGGAUCCAGAGUGCCCCAAAUCCUACUGAACUACGAGAGAAAAUCAUGUGAUGGUAUUUCAUUUUUAUUCUUUCUUUUUGCAUGUUUGGGAAACCUGACAUAUGUAGUUUCCAUUUUAUCCAUUGACACCUCAUACAACUAUUUACUAGUCAACUCUUCAUGGUUGGCAGGAUCAUUGGGAACAUUAUUUUUAGACUUUACCAUUUUCGUCCAGUUUUUCAUCUAUAACGAGUCAAAGGAUGAAUGCUCAUCCUCAGAUGAUGAAUAUGAUAAUGAACUUUACGAUUCGGGUAAUUAG